GGGGUCGAACUGCGUCAGGGACCAACUUGCUUGGUUGGACCACUCUCCAAGUUGCCAUGGAGGGUGAUGCUCGCUGUGCGCACUGCUCGCCGCGUCGUCGCCCACACGGCGGGCGUCGGUGUUGUCGAGGGGACCAACUCGGUGGCCGAAUGGACGAAGGCCGUGCAAGCGGCGUGCAAGGUCGGCGGCGCGUGGCCGGCGGCGCUACAUUUGAUCGGUCAAGCACUCAAGGACUUGACGAGAGGAGACGAAAGGACCUGACCUGCACAUGGAGGGGCGAACGGGGAGGCGGGGUGGAGACCUGGGAUGAGCGCCGGAGGAAGCAGGGGAUGGUGAAGACGGGCCAGGCAAAGAAUCAGAAGCACAAGGAAGCCAG